UGCGAGUCAAUCGCACAUCUGCUCCUGACAAGAAUUGAGAUUUUUAAUAAAAAGUGUAAAUAUUUUACAAAUUUGUUUCCAAUUAUUUAUAUUAAGUCAAAACAACUUGGUUGCAUCAACCUGAACAUUCGUCACCUGUUUACACAUUGUCUACGAUUUAAAAACCUCAUGGAGCCCCAGGGGGAAAUAAGUGUGAUGGAUAGGGCAAUGAAUAAUCCAAUUAUUUUGAAACAAAUAUUUAAACAGGACUCCACCCCACUGAAAAAUUGUCGACUUGUUUGUAAAUUUUGGAAUGAGAUGGUCCUCUCCCUUCCAAAUACGAGACUUGCAUUAAAUCUGAACUACAUUGAAGACGUCGAUGACCACAACGCCGUUAAAUUUUUCGAAUUGUGCUACACAUUAGAUGCCCGACUUUCGAAACGGAUUAACGCUCCAUUUUUCUCAGAUGAUGACAUGGACCCCGCCCACUGGAUUGAUACCUUCGGCUACAGGCUUACCCAUAUUUGCGACAAGUUUAGCGACAUUGUGCAAAUUUUGGAGAUUUCCCUCGAGUAUGAACCCUGUUUACAAUCUGUCUACCAAGUUUUGAAAAAUUGCUGUCCCAAUUUGAAAAAGUUACGAAUUAAUUUCGAGGACAACGAGUAUGAACCAGAUUUAGGUAUCGAAAUUCUGCCAGGGCCGCUCCUACGAAGACCAAAUUUGACAUUACUCAAGGUCACUUGUGAAGUCCAGGUGACCCCGUCGCUCACCAGCCUUCUUCAACUGAUUGUCAAUGCCUCGCCAAAUUUAAGAAAGGCCACCAUUCCAUGGGGAUUCUAUCCAAAUUUUGCAAAUUCUAAACGUCUUGACUCCUUAAGGGUCGAAUUGGACUUCCCUUGGCCAAUAGAAUACGCUAUGGAAGAUUUUAAGCCUGUGGAACUCUCACGUUUGUUGAAGAAAGUUGGUGACCAACUAGUCAACCUUACCUUUUCUCGUCCCGGCAAUUAUUUAAUGCCACCAUGCGACAAGGCAUACAAUUUUAAGAACUCGAGCAAAACCAGAUUCAAGUUACCGAGAACGAUGUCGAAAUUGCAAAAGUUUGAAAACGAGAUGGUCGACAUAUUUCAGCAUCAGCGUCUGGAUAUCGAAAGACUGCCCGCUCUGAAAACGCUUAGAAUUGGAAAGAUAUUGGAAAAGUCGAGACGUGUGGACAAACUUUUGGAAAAUCUGUAUAAAGCGGAAAAGGUUUUCACAAGCGUGGAAAAUUUGGCGAUUCUCGAGAUACAGGAUCCCAAACUUCUUGACGGAUUGAAGACGGCGUUUCCCAACUUGAAGAGGUUGGAGUUGGAUACACGUUGCAAAAAAUAUUUCAAGGGGGAGUUGGGCGAGAUGCUCAAUACGUGCAAGGGUUUGGAGGGACUGAAAUAUUUGCAUUUGAUGGUGUCUACUUUUUCAGAACCAAGGCUGAAUAUUAUUCUGACUUUGUUGGACAGCGCGGAGUUGUAUAAAGAGCUGAAAGUUUUUGAAAUUUUGAUAUUCCGGGGGACCGUGAGAGGGGAUUUAACAGAGGAGGAGAUGGACUUAUUCAAGAAACUGCUCGUCGCGAUGAAUGGGAUGGAUAGGGUCACCAUUCACAAUUUUCAUGUUGGUGAAGAAUCUCGGAAAAAGAUAUUGGAUUUCAUGGUAUCUAACACAAUGUCAGUGUCCAAGUUUGAGCUGUUUCGAGGGGGAUAGAGUAACGAUUAGUUGCAAAUUCGAAUUUUUACUAAGAUUUUAAUAGCCAACGACUUUGGUGAUAGCAUUUAUGAAUCACCUCUAGCAGCAAGCUUUUACAUAACUUUGUUAAUUUUAAAUGAUGAAAGAUUUGUCUCCGCUAGAAAAUGCGGUUUUUCUAAUAAAAAUGCGUUUAUGUAUUAAUAAACAU